AAGACUUCGUCGCGACCCCCUUAUUCUGUGGUGUUGAGGUCGGAAUCUGCCACUAAGCAGCGACGGCCUCGUUUGGGGUGCUGGUGUUGCAUAGUGUUGCGAUUCUCCGCAGCGCUAGUACCAACAGGGUAUUAUGGCGAGCCGCGGCUCUAUCUUGGCACGCGUCUGAACAAAGGUUCUUCAUAGAAGCAGCGAUAAAGUCGGGAAAACACACCCCUCUCCUAUUGCCUGGCAAAACACGAAGUACCCUCUGCACUGUAGAUUUACACGCCCAAUAAACGCGAACUAUCGCCCCGUCACAACCACUUGUGACCUCCUACCCGCCGUCGGUACCUCUCUUCAUCCUAUUCCUUCUCACCUUCAGCCCCCACCCCCGCCUCUGAAAUCACCAUGGGGCAGAAUCCUUCUCAGAUUAUGGACAACAUUGUCUCCGGCUCCAAUUUUGAUCAUGAUGAAGUGGAUCGAUUGCGCAAGAGGUUCAUGAAGCUGGAUAAGGACAACUCCGGCACCAUAGAGCGAGAGGAAUUUCUGAGCCUACCGCAGGUCUCGUCAAACCCCCUAGCCACCAGGAUGAUUGCUAUUUUCGACGAAGAUGGUGGUGGUGAUGUUGAUUUCCAGGAGUUCGUUUCCGGCUUAAGCGCUUUCUCCAGCAAGGGGAACAAAGAAGAGAAGCUCCGGUUCGCCUUCAAGGUCUACGACAUCGACCGAGAUGGUUUCAUUUCCAAUGGCGAACUCUUCAUCGUUCUCAAGAUGAUGGUCGGGAGUAAUCUUAAGGACCAGCAGCUGCAGCAGAUCGUAGACAAGACUAUGAUGGAGGCGGACGAGGAUCUGGAUGGCAAGAUCAGCUUUGAGGAGUUCUGUAAAAUGGUCGAGCACACUGACGUCUCGAUGAGCAUGAUGACCCUGGAUCAGUUCUAGUUUUCUAGGCGAAUCCCGGUUUUGCCAAUGAGCUCCCGUGGCAAUGUCUUGCGGUUUUCAUUUUCCUCUCCCUCUCUCCUUCUCCUGCAUAUUUCACUUUUUGCUCUUCUCGAAAGCGAUAGCGCUCGCUCAUUCGUUCAUUCGCUUUUUACCCUUUUUGCCCCUGGUUUGUGUUCUCAUGGAUAGUAGUGGAUGUCUAUGUUCCCGGAAAAGAUAUGUUUUGGGGCUUGUUGAUCCGGGUUCAAUGGUUGUCUCAAGCAUCCUGAUCGUCCCAAGUGGCUAUAAUAUGCCGAUCGCCACAAAUGAGGCGGCAACACAUCGAUCUCAUGCACCCAGCAGUUCGCCUCAUUGUCGUAUCCUGCGUCCGCCUCAAUUUCCGCAACCCAUCAGAAGAACGUCUGGAGUCCGUGCCACUUGCCUUUCCUCCUUUCAGCUCUUUACGGCGUACAAGAACUAAAAUAUUCAAAGCUCACAAGCUACCAUUACUAUA